CUAACAUAUUGGGGCUAAGACAUUAGCUUGUUUAGCUAGUUUCAUAUAAAAAGCAUUGGCUGCAGUGAAUCCGUCAACAGUUAGCAAACGCUUUACAAUACUUCAACAUGUUCAAGAUUCUGCUCCUUACCGCACUCGUAGCCUACGCUUGCGCCGAUAACAUCGACAAAGAUGCGCAAGUGCUGAGCUUCAAGAACGACGUCGCCGAUCCGGAAGGUAACUACGCGUACGCCUUCGAAACCAGCAAUGGCAUACAGCAACAGGAAGCUGGCAACACAGUCGGUGUAGCCGGUCAAUACGAAUAUGUGUCACCGGAAGGCGAGAAAAUCUCCAUUAGCUACACAGCCGAUGAGAAUGGUUUCCAACCCAGCGGCGCACAUCUGCCCACACCACCACCAAUUCCAGAAGCUAUCGUGCGCGCUUUGGAAUACAUUGCAGCGCAUCCCGCCGCCCCAUAAGCCGGCUGGUGGAAGUUAGUGUGUGAGAGAGAGAGAGAGAGCGAGUGGCGCUAUAAAUACACUACACGAAAUGUGCGAACUGCCGUUAAUCAAAUGCAGUGUUGUAAAGUGAAGUGAAGUUUAGAUUAGUAUGUAGAUAUGGCCAAGUUGGAAGCUAAAUUGCAAUGCUGAAUUAUUUAAUAAAUCUAAAUAAUAGUUACCUA